ACUUCUUACGUUUGUGACCGAUAUUCUUUGACAGCUGCGCAACCGUUGGUUGUAACACCCAAGGGAAGGUGAUCCGUAACGCAACAGCUAUCUUGGUUGUGCACUUUUUGUUGAGCCCCAUUUGUUGUGCUACUGGUUCUGCCGCGGCAGCGAACGGUUUCGAGUCUCACCGCUUGUCUUGUUCACCAGGAAGUGUUUAGGGAUAUAACCCAAUGAAGACAGAGACACGCCAGCGUUCGCGGGGUGGAGGCAAACGCCUUUCCCUGUGUGUCGUAUUUGCCCUGGUCUCUAUCAGCAGCGUAUCCUUCGUGACAGCCUCAGAUCAGAAACAGGGUUCACAAAAUCCUGCUGGCGGCAAGGGCGGAUCGGGGCCUCACGGUGGCCGCAGAGGUCGGCAACGAGGUGUUCAAGGUGGCGGCCCACCAGCACGGCCGCCUUCUCCGUCUCCUGAGGAAGAACCAAUAUUUGGAACGUUUGUGAAAACAGACAGUGGUGGAGUUCGAGGUGUCGCAGACUCUGGAGGUAACAAAGGGCGAGGACAUCAUUCCCCCCACCCAGGACCUUUGCCUCCGCCAGUUCCUCCACGGCUCCCGCUACGGAGUUCUUCCCCUCCGUCGGGGCCACGUGCGCCAAAGCCACAGACGGAAACUUCCGUGACGUACGCGGAGCUUCAGUUUCCACAGAGGCCCCCGCGCCCGCCACUUCCACCGCCUCCAGGGUCGCACGGGUCACAUUCGAGCCCUACCACGCUCGGAAGCGGUGCGGCUCGUCCCCAUCAUUCAGUACCUCAACCAGUUUUUUCGAUCUACGCGACCCUUAAUACUCCCAAGCCUGAAUCACCUCCUCCUGUGCCACCACCACGUAGUGUUAGUCUUUUGCCCCCAUCAUUACGGUCUGCGUAUCCUCACCAUCCGACAGAGGAUUCGACCGGCGGUCGUGGCUCACCAUCACACACGCGGGACACAGGGCACAAGAAAGAUUGAUGGGAGGAAAGUCGUGUUUCUGCUGAUACUACAGGGUGAACACGGCCUAAAGGGGAAAACCGUACACAGCCUUGUCAAGGAUGGAGUGUCUUCUGAACUACUUUGAAGCCGAGGGAGCGCUGUGGCUAAACACUUUGUAACUGCAUUGUCUGUUCUUAAAAUGUGUGGUGCGAUUAGCAUCUGCAAUAAAAGGGCACAUGAAAACGCAAAGUAGAUUGUGCUGCGGCGCAAGCUCAUGGGGGAAUGUUUUUUGGAGUGUCAUCCACACGCUCUUGGGGGAUUGCCAAAGCCAACAUCGACUCACUUUAGGUGAAUCUUGCCGUGUUCAGAGCGAAGCGAACCGAGUUCUUGGUUUUGAAAUAGAUUUUGUGUGAUACAGAAGAUCCAAAGUACCAUAUCGACACUGGUGUCUGCGAGCGGCAAGUACCAAAGAGGCACGUGAUUGUGGCAAGGCGCAUAGCAACUACUCCGUUUCGAGAUCACAGAGCGGCUGUUGAGGACCGUGCAUACUUUUUCUUUUCCUUUCACCCCGGUCAGAGAUGCACCUCCUGAUAUGAUAUCCACAACAAAGUGGCGAGUGGAUAAGCAACGACAUCAAUGUCCGCCGACGCGACCCUCUUGGUUUUUCUGUGGGGUAGUGUGUGCGACGUCUUCCCGUUUAGACGACGUCCAGCGGUACAUAGCGCAUGAUGCUUCAUUGGUGUUCUCGUCGUGUCACAAAUACUCGCCGAAUGCAGCAACCACUCGUCGUUUCCUGGCCAGUACCUAGCAGUACUCGAAAUACGUUUGGGGAAUUUUGUGAGGUUCAAUACGCUGUGGAAAAAACAUGAGGGCUUGUGAAAGUGCUCCAUAAAUGUGGUGUCUCUUUCUUCGUAGAUGAGUGAAAGAUAGCUUCGUCAUGCACGACAGGGGGCAUUUGUGUUCCAUUCUCGUUCAUGAAACACGCAUGCCUCACUAAGCAACAACGGAGGACGUGGUCUGUUGCCGGAGUUUCCUACAUCAGAGAAUGCUUUACUUUGCUGUGGUACACGCGUGUACCACGGCAAAGCGAAGCUUCCUGUUCAUAUGACCCCGAAUGUACAAGGCGCCACCUCGUGUUUCUGGGUGCGUCACUUCUCGCACUUGUUACAUAUUCAGCGUUCCCCUCCGGUGAAUGCUGUUUUGUUAGAUGCGCUACCGCGGACCGACAGUGAGUAGAUUGACCCUCCCAUUUCCUGGUUGCCGGGCUGGGUUUAAACAGCAACA